CUGACCAGUGAUAUUAAAGAUGGACGCUAAUAGGCAAAUUUAUUGACCAAUAAAAAACGCCACAAACGUGUGAAGUUGUCGAAGUGGCAAGCGUUUGGGCCAAUCACAGCGCUUCAGUGGAGAACGUGAGGGGAGGGCUGGCAGUCGACACUGGCUGACGACUGCACGCAGCGAGCUGCUGCUCAGAAAGAGGGGGGCAGAAGCCGAAUGGUGGAGCUGAAGAUGGCGGAUGGCGACAGUGGGAGUGAGCGCGGUGGAAGUAGCGGAGGAGGAGGAGGCGGCUUCCAGCACUUUCAGCGGGACCAGGAGACCCAGGAGCUGGCGUCUAAGCGCCUCGACAUUCAGAACAAGCGCUUCUAUUUGGAUGUCAAACAGAACAGUAAAGGCAGAUUCAUUAAAAUUGCCGAGGUAGGGGCCGGGGGCUCCAAAAGUCGCUUGACCCUCUCGCUGUCAGUUGCGGCGGAGUUCCGUGACUACCUCGGGGAUUUCAUCGAGCACUACGCCCAGCUGGGGCCUAGCACUCCGGAGCAAAUAGCCCAGGCCACCGCGGGUGAAGAUGGUGGGCCGAGGCGAGCUCUAAAGAGCGAGUUUCUUGUCCGGGAAAACCGCAAGUACUACCUGGACUUGAAGGAGAACCAGCGGGGUAGGUUCCUGCGGAUCCGGCAAACCGUAAACCGCGGACCUGGCUUUGGGGUCGGGGGGCCCGUGGGUGGCAUGCUGGCCGGCCAGACCAUUGCCCUUCCGGCGCAAGGGCUAAUAGAGUUCAGAGACGCCCUGGCUAAGCUCAUAGAUGAUUACGGGGGAGACGACGAGGAGCUGACGGGGGGCACUGCCGCGGGGGGCUACAGCGAGCUUCCCGAGGGCACCUCCAUCAUGGUGGACUCUAAGCGGUUCUUUUUCGACGUCGGCUCCAACAAAUACGGAGUGUUCCUGCGCGUGAGCGAGGUGAAGCCCAGCUACAGGAACUCUAUCACCAUCCCGUUCAAAGCCUGGGGCAAGUUCGGAGGAGCCUUCUGCAGGUACGCCGAGGAGAUGAAGGAGAUCCAGGAGCGGCAGAGGGACAAGAUGUACGAGAGGAGAGAGGAGUCCGAGGGGGACGACGUGGAUGACGACUGAGCAGGAGAAUUACAGCAGCUGUUAGUCCAAGCUACACGACAGAUGUGCGACAUUAGGGGUAUUUUUCAUUAAAGAAGAAAAAAAAAAGCAGAAGCGACAGUUAAAAGUGCAUGACAAAUCGUGCUGUAAUAGCCUACUAAAAAGUAUUGUGGCGUAAAAAGUACAUGUUCAGGGACUUAUUGGUGUAUUAUCUCAAAAAAGUUUGUAGGGUUAAGGGUUGGAGUGGUUGUGUGAUUCUCUGAAAGUGGAAAAAAUGCGCAAAUGAGAUAUUUCUCAUUGUUUUUUUUAAAAAAGGAUGAGUUAUGCUUUUAUGUUUAAAGAAAAAAAAGAAGAGAGAGAGGUGCUACUAAAACCAGCUGAUUGGUUUUUAAUAACUAGGACUGAAACCAAUGACCACCAUCCAGUUUGGAACAUAUAGUUCAUAUUUAAAGAGUGAGGACCUGCUUAAGAUGAGUUUUUUCCUGUGCUGGAGUUUAUGGAGAAUAGAGAAGGUGAGCAAUCAUCCUAUUCUGGUCCAGAGAGAACCAGAGAGGGACGUUUGAGAUCUGUAAGCUCUUCGUUGAAAAGAUUACCCAAAAUGUCAGGGGGAGGAUUAUCUUCACAGCACAGGGGGGUCCAGAGGGGCGGGUGGGGGGGUCAUAGAAUAAAUUAAAGCUUUGACUCCAGCAGUCAGUUACAGUGCAGAUCAGCUGGGUUUUAUGUUAUACAUACAAUUGUUUUAGCGAAGCAAAAUUCACGGUGUUUUCAGAAGGGCGAGCACCAGAGCAUCCCUGGUGGUCGCUGUUUUAAACACGCGGGGAGCAGGCCUCAUGAUGGACAACACACAGCAACAACACGGUCACUAGGGUCCAACUUUCUAGCGCUGCAUCAGAAACGGCGAGGAGUUUUUCUCUUCCCCCCCCACCACCAGGCUCUCUGUGGUGGUCCGGGGGCCGGAACGAUGAUGGAUGUCUGGUACAGCUGCUGUAUCCGACGUCUGGACUGAUAUGCAUUGAUGAAUUUUAUUUUAUUUUUUUCCCCCAAAAUGAGAAGAAUAUUGAAAUUAA